CCGCUACCAGGUGAAACAUCGCUCCUAUUAGGAUUCUACCCCCUUCUUUUCCGCGCUGUGUCAACACGCCGUUUUAAUGUGCCUUCCAUUUUGCCUCUGGAACUGAAAUGAAAGUAAAACCAAAACGAAAACUAACCCUCACCGGAGACGGAGCAUACAGAUAACGCUUUGCUUGCUUUCCAACCUAUCCCAAGUCUUUAUUUUUAUGCGAUUUGCUUUGCUGUUAAGCGCGAGAAAGUAGAAUGCCAUAAAAGGCAAAAAUUGCAGCAGACGAGGUACUUCCAAGUUUUGUUGCGUAUGCAGCGCGACCGCACAUUGGUCCGGGAAAGUACAAUCUGUAUUAACGGUGCUGGUGACUAUUGAAUGUGCUUUCUGAAACUGGAUUUUUUUUUUCUCUCCAGUUGGAUAAACAUUAUUUUGUUGUUGACUGUGCGUGAGUGUUGAGUGUUGUGCUAACGUGGACUAACCAACAUGGAGCAAGACCACCGUUGUGAAAUAUCAUGUCCUCUACGUCACAGUACAUGCUAGAGACGUCGUAUCUACCUGAAUUCUACAUCACACACUGUCAUCGUGACGUCAUAUCUUCUUCCUACGUCACGAUCCCCGCCAGAAGGGCCGCACUGACGUCAUGUCUCUCAGCAGCAACAUUCUCCUCGGCCGCCGGAUGUACUUCUCGCCCGCUUCUGCCCCGGACACCUCCGUGCCAGGAGGAACACCGAAAACGAAUACACGAUCUGGAGAGAGCGCACGAGGAGAGCCUGGAUGAGAAAGACCACACGAUCCGUUCUCUCAAACUCCUGGUGUUGGAUCUGGAGAGGAAGUUGGUGGACAGCCAGAAUGACUAUGGGCCAGUGUACCACAGACACGGAGAAGGAGUUGGAGCAGACCAAGCGUCACAAACACUCUCUGGAAGGAGAGAUCCUGAGACUCAAAGACGAGAACUAUCGACUUCGACAGUUUGUGUCCAAACUGCAGGACCGAAGUCCCCACAGUACACCCGAAUCAAACCCAGGCCUUGUACAAAAACACCUGGGCACACCUAACCGUAAUGACUCACAUGAUGUGGUUACCGGAAGUGAUGUCAUUGACGUCCAUAGCCUGGACCGGCAAUCUCCCGGCCGAGGCAGUCUGAUGGUCAAGAAUGGUCAGAUUGCCACACUUGAGAACCAGAUACAGUUCCUGAAAAAACAGGCGGUGACAGCAAGACCCUGAUGAUUGUGCAGGUGUCACCGGUAGAGAAGAACGUGUGUGAGACACUGUGCUCUCUCGCUUUUGCCCAGCGAGUCCGGGGAGUGGAACUUGGGCCAGCGACUCGAACCUCAGACUCCGGGAGUAGAGGGCAGAGCAACGGCCAGACGCCCACGGGUCGCCCUUCCAACCUGCAGAUCCCCCACACCCCUCUUUCCCGAUCCUCCUCUAUCUCCUCCUCCGCUUCCAUCAGUCCCAGACAGUCCCCAGUCCCUCCUUCCGCCUCCUCCCCAUCCUCCUCUUCACAUCACUCGAGAACGUUCUCCACCUCGUCCUCUCAGUCCUCCUCACCCUCAACCUCCCCUGUGUCCACCCCCACACCCACCAGGAAAGUGACCUCUUCGUCUACGAAGUCUGGGAACGCAGGCUCGCCUUGUUCUUCCCCCAAGCCAGGAUUCAAGAAAUCUGCGCAGUCCACUCCAGAGAAGUCACGUGGUCUUCACAGGUCGGCCACUUUCUCCGUGAGAAGAGCGACACCCACUAAAUAAGACUCGUUCGCUGCUGACGUGCACAAUGAUACAAUCUAUGACAUUAUACGCUUGUGUGCGUGAGUUAUCUCUCUCUCUCUCUCUCUCUCUCUCUCUCUCUCUCUC